ACUACAAUAUUGGUUAAAAAUCUUUUUUUUUUUUUGAACCUAUAUUGGUUAAAAAUCUUCAUUCAUACAUUCUGCUCUCUCUCUUUUAAUCAAAGCUUGAAAAAAAACACAAUGGAACGUAACUCCCUCUUAACGGUUGCAUUGCUCUGCAUUGUCGUCGCCGGUGUCGGUGGCCAAUCUCCUGCCUCCUCUCCUACUAAAUCUCCCGCCUCUCCUUCUGCUCCAACUACUUCCCCUGCCAAGCCUCCCGCCGCUACUUCUCCCUCCUCUCCCGUGGCUAAAACGCCGGCUUCCUCACCAGUGGAAGCACCAAAAUCUCCGGCUCCUGUAGUAUCGACUCCACCGCCGACUCCAGUUCCCGAGAGCUCUCCUCCGUCUCCUUCACCAAAGGCUUCCGCUCCAGUUAGCUCUCCACCAGCUCCAGCACCAGAAGCAAUUACUCCUCCGGCUCCGGUAGCCGCUCCAGUAGCCGCUCCGGCCGCUGAUGUACCGGCUCCUGCUCCAAAAAAGCAUAAGAAGACGAAGAAGCAUCAAGCACCGGCCCCAGCACCCGAACUUGACAGCCCACCUGCACCACCGACAGAAGCUCCUGGCCCUAGCUCCGACGCAAGCUCUCCCGGUCCAGCCGCAUCCGCCGACGAUCAGAGCGGAGCAGAGAGCACAAGAGUGUUGCGGAAUGUAGCGGUUGGAGCGGCUGCAACCGCCUGGGCCGUUCUCGUUAUGGCCUUUUAAGUUAUUUGUAUUUAUUUUUUCGCCCUUAAUUCUUUAGUUUUGUUCUUUUAACCCUUCGAUUGUCUCUUUCUUUUCACGUUUGAGUAAUGAGUAUUUAUUUCAUUGAUUAUACCGUUUGUUUUAUUUUUAUUUGUGUGGAAAUAAUAAUUUUUAUUUACUGAAAAUAAAAUAAAAUUCAGAUUUGUCA